AUGGCUUCGUCUUUACCCUCUAUCCCAGUGAAACACAAUGAAUUUGUGAACUACGUUCAGUCUCAACCAAACACCCCCAUCAAAGAUUUGGUCCAGCCCUACAAUGAAUUCGAUGCAGUCCUGCGCAAGACAUUUGCCCAAGAGCCCGAGAGCCCUCUAGUCACAGAUAACCUUGUCAACAUUGUACCAAUGUAUGACCAGGCCGGCUGCAACGAUCUUCGCAUUCGGGCCCGUGACCUUGAAUCCGAAACACCCGAGCAACAGGCGAAGUAUGUCCUGCCCUUGAGUGACAAAGAUCGCAAGCCAAAUGGGUCACCGGCAGUUGUUCCCACUCUUGAUGAAUUCCGAAACAACUUCACCCUCUUCACCGAAGGCAGUCUGAGUGAUAUCGACUGGUCGAACGUGGUUGUCGCUGGUAGUGCUGUUGUCACAUCUUUACUACCAGUUCCGGCAGAAUACCGCAAUUCGAAGCGUGGUCUUCGCCAAUAUUACCAUGAGAAGUUUGCACCGGCAUCUGAUGUAGAUCUUUUCCUGUACGGCUUGAACGAGGAACAAGCAAUUGAGAAAAUCAAGUAUAUCGAAGAUCAGAUCAAGAACGCCAUUCUUUAUGAGACCACAACAGUCCGAACAAAGAAUACUAUCACGAUUGCUUCGCAAUACCCUAAUCGACAUGUGCAGAUUGUGCUUCGCAUCUACCGCUCGGUAGCUGAGAUCCUCACCGGCUUCGAUGUUGAUGUUUCGUGCGCUGCAUUUGACGGUCGCCAGGUCUAUGCUUCACCACGCGCAAUUGCCGCAUAUGUCACACAGAUCAAUCAAGUCGAUCUGAGCCGCCGCUCCCCGUCGUAUGAGAAUCGGUUGUCAAAGUAUUCCCAUCGUGGUUUCGAAGUAUUCUGGGCUGGGCUCGACCGAUCGAGAAUUGAUCCGACUAUCUUCGAGCGAAGUUUUAAUAGAACCGUGGGUCUUGCACGACUUCUCGUCCUGGAAAAGCUUCCCAAGUCAGAUGAUAGAGAUGAAUAUCUACGGAAGAGACGUGAAGAGCGCGGACGCCCUGCUCUCAAUAUCUACAUGCGACGCCGGCAAGGCAGAGAGUUGCAUGGAAACAUCAAGGAUGACUGGGAAGAUGAAGUUCCUGAGUGGCAGGAGGCAGACCAAGUGUCCGAUUAUCACACCUUUACUAUUCCAUAUGGCAGGAAUUUUAACGCCAAAAAGAUUGAAAAGAUGUUGUAUACCAAGGACUUGCUUCUGAACGCCCAGUGGAAUCAGGGCAAAGACCGCGAGGUGUAUCUUCAUCGUCAUCCUGCGUUUUUUGGUGAGGCUGAGCACGUCGUUCAUGAUUGUUGUGGCUUCUGCCCUACGCCUAUCACCGAGGAAGAACGGAAGAUUGCCGAAGAAGAGAGCAAGAUCUACGUUUCUGGUGACAUCAGCUUCCUCAAGGAUGACCCUGGCCGCCAGGAAAUUGGAAGUUUCAAUCCAAUAACCGAAACCGACUGGACUGAAAUGGCUUACGUGGGUCGCACCGAGCGAUUGUGCAAGGCAAUCGUCGCGGACGAUUUGAACGCUGUGGAAGCUUGCCUUGCAGAGGAAGGAUCCAAUCCGGAUCGCCGUGACUACACCGGUAGAACACCACUUCAACUUGCCUGCAUUUCUUCAACUCCCGAGAUCGUUCAAGCGCUUGUUGAUCGUGGCGCUCGGAUGAUUCCACGCAUGGCAGACGGGAAAACGGCACUUCAUCUUGCUGCCUCGCGCGGAAACCUCGAUAUCGUUCGGAUUCUGCUCACAAAGAGUUGUGAGAACGAACAGGAAGAGGCCAACAAACAGGAUGCUUUGAAAAGGGACAAAGAAACGGAAAUUGAAAAAGAUCCCUCUACCGAUCAAGAAGAUAAUGAGAGAGAUGAUGACAGUGAUGACGAUGCUUCUCGCACCUCUGCCUCGUACGUCAAGGUUGAACAAGAGCCCCCGCUCAUCACAUACGACACGAUCGAAGAGAAUGACCUGGAGCCCGAUGUUUACGAUGUGAAUGUGGUCGCAUGGGAUAGUCGCGCUUCACCCUUGCAUCUUGCUAUGCUCAACGGCCAUACCGAUGUCGUCAAGGAGCUAGUUUCCUCCUUCGGGGCUGAUGUUAUGCUCCCAGUUAAGAUCUUGAACGACUAUAACAGAAAGCCCGAAGCAGCAAUUCUCAAUUUAGUUCUUGCCUUCUCCCUUCCAUUGGAAAAGGCAAUUGAGAUGACGCAUACACUUUUGGGCCUUGGCGCUUCGGUGGCCCAGGCUGACUUGAAACAAAAGACCGCGCUGUACUACAGUGUCCACGAGAGGAGGAGUGAUAUGCUUGACAUGUACUUUGAGCACGACAUGCCAGCCGUGAAGCGGGCAAUCAACCACUUUGCCGUCAGUGAGCAUCAAUGGUCACCCUCCUUCACCUCUCCCCUUAUGCAAGCUCUGAAAAGAAAGAUGCCCGCAAUGGCGCACAAAUUGCUGAGCGCGGGUGCAAAGCCAGAGAUUGAGCUUGGCGAGGUCGUGAAGGCUUACAAAGCUGCUAAUCCAGAUGACAGGCAUCCCUGGAAUCUCGAAGACCGCCUUGGUGACAGUUUUACGCAGCCAAUCAUGUUGGCUGUCUCUAAUGAUCUGCCUCUGGUUGCAAUCGACCUUCUUGAUCGCGGUGUCAAUCCAAACACAACAUUCAAGGCUAGAUACGGCAAUAAUGGUCAAAGCUUACUAGAUUCUACGCGCGAGAAUCUGGAAAGGCUUCGCAAUUACUUGGAUGAACGCCCUGGCUCGCAGCAAAUUCGCGGACAGCCUAUGCAGUUUGAUGGAGACGAUGAUUAUUACUUGGCUAGGUUUCCCAUUGACAGUUACCAGAGACUUGUUGCGAAGACUUCUUUGAAAGACUCGCGCAAGGCUAGCCAAGAAGCUGAAGAGAGAAUUGCAAAGGAGCAGAAAGACUAUCUCGAUGCAUCCGGUAUUUCCUCGAAAAGAGAGGCUGUGGUCAGUUUGAUUUGUGAUUAUGAGAACCUUGAAGCGCAACUUCUGGUAAGAGGCGCAAAGACAUGGCCAGAACUUCAUCCCGAAGAAACGCAUCAAACCAAGCACUUGCCUCAUCGGGCUUACCACCAAGAGGUUGCUAAAAAGACGUUCAACAUCCAGUUCAAAUUCAACGUCCCUGGUCUGAAUGACAUUCGUCGCGAUGGAUAUCUGCAACUUUUUGAGGCCGCUUGGAAAGGUGAUCUUGAAACCAUUAAGUCUUUAACUCUUGGCAUGUGGGGACCGGCUGCAGAUGAAACCCCCCUUGAGAUCGCAGUAACUGGCCAUUAUUCGCUCUCAUGUCUUUCGAUCUCCAUUAUGCGUGGGCAUCUCGAUGUUGCAAAGUCAAUUUUGCAAAUCCUUCGCCAGCAAUACAAGCCAAAGGAAUCUCGUGGUCAAACUCGUUUUGAGCUUGGCUCGGAUGACGAGUCAGAUGACGAUGAUGCACUCAAUAUCGUUGGUGAGACAAUUGAUGAUACCUUCACGCAUGAAAAUGUUGGAGAGAUUGUUACCCAAGUCGAGAGCACUGUUCACCCUCUCUCAGCUUUGCGAGCGAACUUCAAUGCUUCCCUGUUCCUGGAUCAAAAUUCUUCCAAACAAGCCACCUACUGCACCCCUUCUGAGAUAGUCUUUCAUUACUCGAGCCAAGAUUUAUCUUCUAACAAGAUUGACAAUCUCCUUAAAUAUGCCGUCUACAAACAUGAUAUUGCUCUUUUGGAUUUCCUUCUGGAAGCCGAGAAGAAUUAUGCACGCGAGGAUUCAUCCGGUGAGGGUCUGUACUGGACAAGAGAGAUGGACUUUGAGUUUGCAAUCUCCCUUGGGCGGACGGAUUGUCUGGUCAAGCUCAUUCAACACAGUGCAGUUGGCCUCCCACUGGCUAAAUUGAGCGCUGAUUCUGGAGUCGAAGCUCCGAAGGAAUCUAAGUACUACCAAGGAUUGUCAAUUCGGGGAGCAAAGCGUUCUGACUGGGCAAAUGCUGGUCGCAAUGAGACAGUGAGCCCUUCUGACAUGUUUAAUCCUCUUUUGAUUGCUGCCUUCCAAGGAAAUCUUGCCAGCACAGAGUUCUUCCUUGGUACGGCCCCUGGUCGGUAUUACCUUGAGUACGUCAACUCUCACGUGGAAAGGAAGGAAAUCAAGAGGAUCGCCAAGUCGAAACUAGGACUCGAGGCCUCUAUUUUGAACUGGCUACAGACAAGGAACAAUCUUGUUCUCCACUGCGCAGUGAUGUCAAAGCCCAGCGAGGAGUCAGAGCGCCUGGUUCAAUACCUCGUCGACCAUCACCCUGAAUGCUUGGAAUUCCAGUCAGAGAAUGGAAAGACUCCACUGGCCUUGGCCUUCUCCCUUCGCCGGGUCAACUGCGCUCGCAUAUUGAUAGCAGCGGGGGCCAACCAGGCCACUAGGGAUAGCCAAGCGAACAACCUUCUUCACAUGCUUCUUAAUACAAAUGAAGUUGAAAUUUGCAAGAAUGCGGCAACAUUCAGCGAGUUUGUUGGUCUAUUGGAUCAACAGCUGAUACCCACACUACUGGCGCAACGUGCUGGAGACAACGCCCACACGCCGUUCACACACUGGCUGGAUUCAUACCAACUGUUCCAUCCACAAGAAGGAAGCUCGCCGAUCAAUAACCCAAGUUCAUUCGGAAAUAUCCAGCCCGUGGUUGUGUCACAAUCUCACAAUUAUAUUGUGACUUCCAUUACAAACGCUAUUCUCGAUUUGGCUGCUCCAACUAACCAGAAGCACCUCGAGCUCUUCGAUGGAGCGGGCAACACUCCAGCGCACAUUGCAGUGAGACAAAACUACCCUCAAGUCCUGAGUCAGUUGCUUGAACGCCGCCCUGAUCUUCUCUACCGUGAGAACUCGACUGGAACCACUCCGCUCGAAAUGGCUGUGGACGCCUGGGUCAACCACACAACAUCUCCACCUUCCCGUCAUGCAGAAUCCCAAGACUCACCUGCAUGGGCAAAUGUGCUUGAACGACAGCCUCAAUACUUCAUUGAAGGCUACGAAGACCCUAGCGACCGCGAAGAGAGCGUUGAAAUUAUGUUGCGUGUAUGCCAGGAAAAGGCACGACAAAGUCCAGCGAAGAGAAGACUUGUUAGUCUUUUCGAGGCAAAUGAGGUUGCUAAGAGAUUGGCUACGACACAACGGGCUUCUGAUAAUAGCAGGGGAAGAUAUUACCGCCGCCGUCGCGGUGUGUAUGGAGAAGAAGAAGGUGGCGAUGAAGUGGAAAAGUGGACCAAUCUGGCUGCCCGGUGGUAG